CUGUACGAGUUUUUUUUCCAAUUUAACGGUGUGUACGCACUGAACUGUUUGUCUGAAACUUUUGUUUUGUCGUAAUAAUAUCACGAGUAAUUAGUUAAAUUUAAGUGUAAGAUCCGCUUCAGAGACGCAUAGCCAUUUUAUCUUACAAUUGGCCACAGCACCCGGGCUAUCGGCAGCAUCAGAGCGAGGGCCAAAUUGCUAAUUGCCUUGGAACUACGCAAAUGGCCAACGGAACUAUCGGCCAGGGGGCAAAACUGAAUUGAAGGAUCAGGAUCAGGAGGCAACUUGCAGGAUGGAUGACUUGUCGCAAGGCGACAUUUGUCGCGUCUGUCGCUGCGAGGCGCAGCCGGACAGACCGCUAUUCUACCCGUGCAUCUGUACGGGAUCCAUCAAAUACAUUCAUCAGGACUGCCUAAUGCAGUGGAUGCGCUACUCGCACAAGGAGUACUGCGAGCUAUGUGGCCACCGCUUCAGCUUCCAGCCCAUCUACGCCCCCGACAUGCCACGAGUCCUGCCGCUGAAGGAUGUGCUCGUUGGACUGAUGUCCGCUGUAUUAGAAGGUGCCCGCUGCUGGCUGCACUACUCCCUGGUGGGCAUGGCCUGGUUCGGAGUGGUUCCCCUAUCGGCGUAUAGAACCUACCGCUACCUAUUCCGCGCCAGCUCCUUUGACAUGAUCCUCACGCUGCCGUUUGAUAUUUUUUCAAUGGAGAAUCUGGCUGCGGAUGCUUUUCGUGGAUGCUUUGUCGUGACUUGUACGCUGCUGUCCUUUAUUGGACUUGUCUGGCUGCGCGAGCAGAUUUUGCACGGCGGUGGUCCGGACUGGCUAGAGCGGGACGAUGCUCCUCUGCAGGCCGCUCCCGUUCCGGCUGCGGCACCUGCUGCUGCCGCCGACGUGGCUGUCCCUCAGGAUGACAACAACAACGGCGAAGCUCCUCAGGACUUGCCCAUGGACAACGCGGCCCCUGCUCAGGCGGACAACGAUUUGGGACAAGAUGAGGUCGCUGCUGCGGCUCCAGCCCCUGCGGCUGUGGAUGCUGACGCUGACGAACAGAAUUGGAAUCCCAUGGAAUGGGAUCGGGCAGCCGAGGAGUUGACAUGGGAACGGCUCUUGGGACUAGACGGGUCCCUGGUGUUUCUUGAGCACGUCUUUUGGAUAAUUUCGCUGAACACCAUGUUCAUUUUUACAUUUGCCUUUUGCCCCUACUGUGUGGGAAACUUCAUUCUCAGCUCGAUGGAUCUGCUGCAGCCCGAGAAGCCUCUGCUCCACUUCCACGGUCUAAUUACGACCUUAUUUGGCUACUGCUGCAUUGGGUUGACGCUGGUGGUGCUGCACUUCUUUGCCCGAGUCUUCCGUCUAAGAAAAGUGUGCUGGUUCAUCGGGCUUUGCUACAUUGUGGUGAAGGUAUCGCUCUUAUCCGUGGUGGAGAUCGGAGUGCUGCCCCUCAUCUGUGGCUGGUGGCUGGACAUCUGUUCGCUGCCGCUUCUCGAUGCCAGUUUGAAGGAUCGCAAGGCGAGCUUCAAGGCGGCCCCGGGCACCUCGCUGUUUGUCCACUGGAUGUUUGGUAUGGUCUAUGUCUACUAUUUCGCCGCCUUUAUAUCUCUGCUGCGGGAGGUACUCCGCCCGGGAGUGCUCUGGAUCUUCCGCAAUGUCAACGACCCGGACUUCAGCCCCAUCCAGGAAAUGAUCCAUGUGCCGAUUGUGAGGCACAUUCGGCGCUUGGUCGCAUCUGCAAUGAUCUUUGGCUUCGCGGUGCUCCUCAUGCUCUGGUUGCCCAUCCGCAUCCUGCAGGUGGCUUGGCCGAACUUCUUGCCCUAUGCCCUAAGUGGUGAUGCCGAGGUCAAUGAUCUUAGUCUGCAGCUACUGCUUUUACAGAUCGUCUUGCCGGGAUUCUUUGAGCAGACUCAGACGCGCAUAUGGCUUAAGGGACUGCUUCGAAUCUGGUGCACAGCCGUCGCUUGGCUCUUGGGCAUCCGAAGUUAUUUGCUGCCCGCACCAGACCCCGCAAAUACGGCAGCUGGCGAAGAGGGAGUAGAGGGUGAUGCCCCCGAGAAUGGGAAUCAAGAGGGUCAAGAGGGUGCCGCUGCGCAGCCACUUCUUCCUCCACCUCCUCCACCACCACCUGCCGAACCGGCACCUGCUCCUGCUCCGCGCAACCUUGCCGCUGCACAUCAGGCCAUUAUGCAACGCGAUGCUCCAGUUGGCUUUCAGCCGUAUGAUAAACCCUCUCUGUUUGCUUUCCGAUUGUGCGCCCUGCUCAUGCUGAUGUGCUUGUCCAUUGUUUGCGCCGCAAUGCUGACCCUAACGAUUCCAGUUUAUAUUGGCAGGAGGCUAAUGAUGCUCUGGACGAGCCAGCCGGUGGAAAAGGCAGCCGGCGCGGCGGCGGGAGCGGCUGGGGCCGCUGCUGCAGCUGGAGCAGUUGCUGACCCGGAGGCAGCUAGGAAGAAUGAACGACUACUGCGAUCGCACGAGCUCUACACCGCGGAGAUUGGCGGCUACUUGUGCUGGAUUGUGUGCCGGGGAAUAGCCGUCGUGGUGACCCUCCUGCCACAAGGACGAACGGCUAUUGUCAACAAAAUGAAGCAUUGGGCUCGUGUGGCAUUGCAGUAUGCCCUGCCGGUUCUAACCCUUAUCGGAAUAUUUGUGCUGGUGCCCCUGUUGUUUGGCCUGCUUCUGGAACUUCUGGUGGUGAUUCCGCUGCGCGUGCCCCUGCGCAAGACACCCAUACACUUCCUGUGGCAGGACUGGGCUCUCGGUGUGCUCUAUAGCAAAAUAGCCAUCGCCCUAACUCUCAUGGGUCCGGACUGGCACAUGAAACGGGCGCUGGAGAGAGCCUAUAUGGACGGCUUACGCGACUUUGAUCUAAAGUUUGUUAUGAGAGAUCUGGCCGUGCCCGUGGUCACUACCUUCGGCCUUGCUCUGGCCGCCCCCUAUGUCCUGGCCCACAUGGUGGGACCGAUUUGCUUCGCCGACCCCUACUCUCGCCACGUCAUUACGCGUCUGGUGUAUCCCGUCUGCUUCAUCGUUGUGGGCAGCAUCUGCUUUGUCCUGUUCCAGAUAAAGCAGCUCAAGAAGCUCUACCUUUCCAUCAAGGUGGACAAGUAUUUGGUGGGCCAGCGGCUGGUCAAUUAUGAGCACCGGAAGAAGCAGCAACAGCAGGAGGAGGAGGAGCAGCAGCGGGCGGCGCGUGAACAGAAGGACAACCAGGAGAUGGAAAUGGAGCGGGAACUGGAUCGAGAUCGAGACCGAGAACGGGAAAGGGAUCGAGAACGAGAACGGGAACGUGAGCAGCUGGUGCAGGCUCAGGACUUGGGCGAGCUCCUGUAACGAGAUCAGGUGCGGAUGGCUGUGCUGUGGGAAGACAUUUCUUAUUAUUUAAAUCUGGAUCGUUUGGUUAAUUAGUGGAAAUAUUUUAUAGAUCUUAGACUACUUGAAUUUAUGAAAAUAUUUUCUAGCCGUUCAAAAAUUAAAAUCCUGUAUCAUUUUAGAUUAUAUACUUUCCCCAAAUCUUUUCGAAGUAGAAAUAUUAGACUUUUAAAAUUGAAAA